AUGUCUUCCAUGCUCGAUGUCGGCGAUGUUCAACCCCCUGCCUACGAUGACACAGUCAACGAGUCGAGAGCACAGCUAAGCUGCGGCGAGACUCCGACCUUCUAUCUGGACCGCACGACCAUCUUCGCCAACACGGACCCACCACGUGCGCUUUUUGAGCUGAGCAACGACGUAUGUGAGGCCAAGUCGGUGGUGUAUGGGGUUCAGAAAGUGGCGUACAGGGUCACACAAGCAGCUGGCGGAGACAAGGUCAGGACUCGGCUGGACCACAUUUACGAUUUCUCGCUCGACCCCCUUGCAGGGCUCGAAUCUUCAAAGCUCGCCGAUGCGGUCGUAAUCGAGGGAAAGAUGAACUCCAAGAGAACACACAAGGAGAUUCAUCUCGUGCCCGGAGUCUCUUCGUGGAAGGUCAAAGACCACUUCAAAGCUGGGGAGAGCGUCAUGCAUAAGCUGAAGCACGCCGAUGAGAUCCAAUGGAAGAACACGAAGGGCGAAGUCAUCGCCGUUGAGACUGUGGCAAAACGCGACGCGGAAAAGAAAUUGAGCUGCUUUCCUCAACUUGAGAUUAAGAUGGCCAUGGAUGACAAGGAGAUGGAUCUUUUGGUUACCUCAUGGGUGGCGCGCGUGUGGCGUCAGUCAGCCAUCAAGACGAUGUCGAAGAACGCAUUUGGAACCAAGGGAAAUCGCUUCAGCGUUUGGGAUCUCAACCCGGGAAAGAUAUUCUGA